CGCUAGUGUGUUGCUUGACCCACCCACAACCAUUUGCUCAAUCAAAGUCAGUCAGUGUCUCUCCAAACACAGGACAUUCCGACAUCCACUGCAUCCACACGGUUCCCAUCCAUCCAUCCAUCCAUCCAUCCACAUGGCUGUCAGGGGCAGAGAAAAGCCUGCAGGAAGUGACGGCCACAUGUGUUAUCGAGAGCCUAGUGUUGGCAGCACUCUCACACAGUGACCCCACACCCAGGCAGGCAGGCCUUCCACGCCAUCCGUGAGCCGAGCAAACAAAGCAAUCUCUAACGCACAUGCACGCUUGCACACCUCCACUCCUCCUUCCCCUCGAGACAGUUGUGUAGUGCCAUGCAGUGAGUGUAUUGUGUGGGUCUACUCCUCCUCUUUCUUUAUGACGGUAUCUGUCUCGCCGUGCCCGUAUCCCUCUUCCUCUCCCCCCUCUAUCUUCUGUCUCUGUCUGGGCUGGCUGGGUCGCAGCACUAUCGUGCCGUCUGUCCUCUCUGUCACGCGACACCUCUCCUUAGCUCCCUGCCUCAACAUCGUGACCAGAGAGCUAGACCUGUGCUCGCCAGACACUGCUACACUGCUGAGUGUGGGGAAGCGGGAAAAGGCCUCAAGAACACACUCGGCGAAUGAACCGUACAACUUGCGCGACUCUGUAGUGUUGAAAUGACCCUUGAUGUGCAGAUCGAUUGACGAGACACGGCCACUCUCCAUGACCUCUCUGACUGCCUCUUCUCCCCCAUACACUUCCCAACCGAUAGACACGUUGCGGUGGAUGGGAGAAUCGCUGUCAUCGUCGUAUCCAUAUCGAUUGCAUGUGAUGUCAUACUUCAGCUGUACUGCUAAGUCCUUGCCUUCACUCGACACGAACUCAAGGCCAUCAGGCACCAGUGUGCAUCUGGCCUGAGGAUUCGCGUGGGCAGACAACUCAAAACGCACCUUCUCUAGGUGGGGGGAGAGGGCAUGCAGCACAUUGCCCGCCCCACCAUCAUACACAUCCCUGCCCUCCCCUCUCUGCUCAACCACGACAGAUGACACACUCGGUGGGUGGUCUGUGAUGAAGGAAGGGAGCUGCUGGUCGCCGACGAAGGAAGGUGUGAUGGUGAGUUCGUGGGCGAGAUCACACACCAGCGAGUCCAGCCCGGGGGCCUCUUCGAUGGUGCUGGCACUCGCGUGGCUGCGGAGGGUCACCUUCUCGGCCUGCCGGCAGCACACCUCCACUGUGGCGAGGGAGUCCGUGAGGGUCUUCUCGUUGCCUCUGAAGGGCAGAUGGACGGUGGGGCCGCCCUGCAGCUCGCCGUCUUCGAUGCAGCCGAAGUAGUCCUCACGGGCGUCAGGGGCCAGGCACUUGGUGCGAAAACGAUGCAGAUUCUGCCGACGAACACGGAGACGAAAGGGUCGGGGGAUGGCCAUGGAUGCGGAAAGUGUCGGUCUUUCUUCCCCACCUUUAUGUCGUCUGUGUUUUGGAUCUCUCCGAUGGCCAUCUCGAACUCCUCCAGGGGGCCUGCCCCGUCGCCCGUCGAGCCCACCAAGUUGAUGAAGCCAUUGUGGGUGUAGUCGAAGAACGCGAUGCGGCCAGUCAGCGACGUGAGGCUCUUAGCUGACACAUACACACAAGGGCAAGGACAGGGACGUCACACUCUCCCGGGGGCGUGGAUUAUAUUCUCAUUACCUGAAGGGGUGUCCACGAGGGCGUUUGCCACUUGGUCGAGACUCGCAGCGGCACCUCGGCAGCUCGGGUUCUCCUGGAAGCAAAGUAGCAACAUGGGAUCAGUCGUUCAUCAACCACACGCUGCCCAUUUCCCUCUCUGAGUGGCCUCCUCACCUUGUCGCAGAUGAUGUGCAGCGAUUUGAUGCCCCCAUCAGCCUCGCGGAUCCAUCGAUGAGCCCCAGCCAUGGUGACGUCCACCACACUGAGGCCCUGCAGUGACGGCAUCUGGUACAUGCGGUCCUCUGCCACCUUCAUCCACACAUUGCCAACACUGGCUGACUCCACACGCUCAAACACAAUCGGCCUCUGCCGCAUACACGAGAGGGAGACAUAACAAUGAUGAGUGGAAGGAGGCCUCUGUGUCUUGUCAGCGCCCCUCACCUUGUUGUGUGGCAGGUCAACCUUCUGGAAGUCGCCCUUCCUCUGACGCAUGUCUCGCUCCACGAAGUACUGCACCUGUGGCUCUGUCGCACGCUGGCCAUUCCUGUAGAUGGGAUGCUCGUAGGGGCACUGCAGGUCCACACUCUCGACGGUGGUCGAGAGGCGCUCCAGCAGGUACACCAGCGACUUGGUGGGCCGGUGGUAGAUGCGCACGUCAACACACUCUGACAACGGACCUGAUCACAACAAAACACCACAAAUGGUCGCACACACAGAGGUGUCGGCUUCCCCCUCUCCUCACCGGCCGUCCAUUUCCUAGCGAUUUUCAUUUUGGGUGAGUCGUCCAGCUCGACGAUGGGGUGCAUGCUGGCCUGCUGGGUGAGGUGGUGGAAGAAGGUGUUGAUGCUCGCCAGCGACUCCAGGCACGACACGAAGCCCAACAUGGCGCCCAUACCCACACCGUCGGCCAUCCACAGGGCGUCAGGCAGACCUUCAAGCGGCGAUGUGACCUGAGGGAAAGAGACCACAAAAUAGAGGGAAAUGGAAAUGGAUUCCCUCCUUCUGUGUGUUGUGUUGUGUUGUGUUGUGUUGUGUUGACCUGCUCGGUGUCGUCUUCGUCGAUUUCGUUAAGUCUGUGUCGGAUGGCGUCGAGUUUGCGGAUGUUCUCCUUCAUCUGCCUGGUAGCGACCUUGUCCACGUGGCUGAUUUGCGUGUUGGCGUCGGCAUAUACCAUGCUCGACCACACGCGAAUCUGACGAUCCACCUCCUGAAUGUGAACAACAACACACACAUACAAGGAGAGGCUGUCUGUGUUGAUGUCGCUUGGUGUGCAUGGUGUUGGCCCUGACCCACCCACUCACCGACAUGCGGUGUUGGUGUUGGAGCGAUUCGGCAUCAGGGGCGGCCUUCCUCAACUCAUACACCUCACGAGCCUGCAUGAUGGCAUCAACACACAGUGUCACACACACAUUCCAUCACCACAACACACGUGCACCUUCCCCGUUCCGCCAGCCUGUCUGUUCGACGAGGUACCUCCUCUUCGGCCUGUUUGGCCUGCUUGAGCUGCGCUUCGAACUUCGCCGUCAUCUUCUUCAAAGCCUUCAACGCGUCCUCAGGACCAACCUCAACCACAUCCUGCAUAAAGUAAUGAAGCCAAACCACGAAACACACGGAAAUGCACCCACCACCAGCCUCAGCAGCCCUCUGCAUCCCUCAGUGCUCACCUCCAUCUCCUCGUCGCCGUCCGACACCUCCAU